AUGCCCACAACGUUUCGCGUACCUGGGAACAGGCUGACCGGAAACUUCAACACGAUGAAAUUCAGCGAGAGCGUGACGGUCAUCGACGUGUCACGCAAUUUCUUGCAGCCGUUUUCGAAUCUGCCCGCGGACAUCACUGCUCUGGACCUCGGAUUCAACAAGUUCACAGGGAGCAUUCCCCGAGGCCUCACCAGUUUACCCCAGCUUCAAUACUUGGACCUCGGGGCAAACGCUCUGACAGGCCCCAUCCCCACCUUCUGCCAGGAAGGGCAGCAGCUCUCCUUUCUUAAUCUCGCCUCCAAUGCCCUCUCCGGCCCGCCCACACCGCUCUCCUCCCCCUCCUGCUCCGCCUCCCUCGCCUCUCUCAAGCUCGCCUCCAACCGCCUCUCCGGCCCCAUCCCUGCUACAAUCAGCUCCUUUACAAACCUGGAGCGCCUGCGCCUUGACAAAAACGCUCUUACAGGAGCGAUUCCAGCCGCAGGCAUACAGCAAGUGCUGAUGGCGGGGAAUCAGCUGUCAGGGGCUGUUCCGGCCGCUCUGAGCAAGCUGAAGCGAGGGUCGUUCAAACCAGGGAACCCCGACCUGUGUGGGACACCACUGCCUGCUUAUGCUUAG